AGGCGUCCGGCGGAGUUUGUGUGGCAGCCGCCGCGGGAACCCGAGCGUGGUAGUUUUCUUACAAGGGAGAAAGGCGGCUUCGCGGGGCUCGGCGGCGUGGGAGCGAGCGGCGGCGGCCAUCUCCCGGCGUGAGAGGCGGCAUGGAGGACGAGCGGGGCCGGCCGCGUGGCGGCGGCGAAGCGGCUCAGCAGAAGACGCCGCGGGCCGAGUGUGAGGAGCCGCGGCCGCUGAGCGUGGAGAAAAAGCAGCGAUGUAGACUGGAUGGCAAAGACACAGAUGGAUCUAAGAUCAUCAUCUCCAAUGGAAGUGACUUCAGUGACCCAGUUUACAAAGAGAUUGCAAUGGCAAAUGGCUGUAUUAAUAGAAUGAGUAAGGAGGAACUCAGAGCCAAGCUCUCAGAAUUUAAACUUGAAACAAGAGGGGUCAAGGAUGUCCUAAAGAAGAGAUUGAAAAACUAUUACAAGAAGCAGAAGUUGAUGCUGAAAGAAAGCAGUUACGUGGACAGUUACUAUGACUACAUUUGUAUUAUUGACUUUGAAGCUACUUGUGAAGAGGGAAACCCAGCUGAGUUCAUACAUGAAAUCAUCGAGUUUCCUGUUGUUCUGUUGAAUACGCACACCUUAGAAAUAGAAGACACGUUUCAGCAGUAUGUGAGGCCAGAGGUUAACUCACAGCUUUCAGAUUUCUGCAUCAGUCUCACUGGAAUUACUCAGGAUCAGGUAGACAGAGCCGAUGCUUUCCCUCAGGUCCUGAAAAAAGUAAUUGAGUGGAUGAAGUCAAAGGAGUUAGGAACUAAGUACAAAUACUGCAUAUUAACAGAUGGUUCCUGGGAUAUGAGUAAGUUCCUGAACAUCCAGUGCCAACUCAGCAGGCUCAAAUACCCUCCUUUUGCUAAAAAGUGGAUCAAUAUUCGAAAGUCAUACGGAAACUUUUAUAAGGUUCCUAGAAGCCAAACAAAACUGACAAUAAUGCUUGAAAAAUUAGGAAUGGAUUACGAUGGGCGGCCUCACAGUGGUCUUGAUGACUCUAGGAAUAUUGCUAGAAUAGCAAUUCGGAUGCUUCAGGAUGGAUGUGAACUUCGAAUCAAUGAAAAAAUACACGGAGGACAGUUGAUGAGUGUCUCCUCUUCCUUACCAGUAGAGGGCGCUCCAGCUCCACAAAUGCCACACAGUAGAAAGUAGCUGCAUAUUUGUUGACUCAGUUGCUACGAUUGUAUCCCAGCUAGUGCAGCCUCAAGCACCUUUAAACAUUUAAAAUCCUAUUACAGUUACAGAGAGAUGGGUAUGUAUGCAAACACUCAGUGGGGGAACACUCUGAAUUCUUUGUCACCAGCACUUUUGGUAUGAGCAGUAUUUGUUACACAGUAGCCAUUCCUGCUUAGAGCUGAAUUUUAUACUAUGGGGUAUCCAAGAUGUGUUUGUUUGGCUUUAAAUGCAGAUUUAUUGAUUUAUUCCUUGAUGUUGAAAUUUGAAAUGAAUUUCUACAUUAAUACCAUUAAAUUAAAUAUGUUUUUAGAAGUGUGAAAAGGAUUGAAAAGUAAUGUUUAUAUUCCCAUUGGAUUUUGUGUACAACAUAGUCCUUUUAGCUGAAGUUUGUAGGUAAAGUUCAACUGCAGUCAUCCUCUUGGUGUCAUUGAGGGAUUUGUUACUUCAAGUAGCAUAAUGUGUGUAUAUAAGCUACACAUAUUCUCCCCUACACUUAAAUGAUCUCUAGAUAGCUUAUACUUAAUAAAGCAUAAAAAAAUGGUUGCAUUGUCUAGGGACUGAAGACAAGAAUAAAAGUAUGCGGUGAUGCACAUACAGCACAGUAGGCCUGACCACACGGCACAUGAAGAAUUGCUCAGCCAGCAGCAGCAGUUGUCCUGUGCACCACACAUUCUGGUCCAUUCAGCUUCGCGCUUUCUGGGCAGCAAAUUCAGGUAUUUCUUUCUGGAACACUGCAUGUAUUCGGGACAGGUAGUUGCUUUAAAGGUCUACCACCAAGCUUGACAACCCGAGUUUGAGUCUCAGGACUCACACGGUGGACUGAGAGAAUCGACUCAAGCGUGCCCUCUGACCCUCUGCUUGCACACUAGUGGAAUUGAGCCUUCCAAAGCAAAUAAGAAUAAGCGUAAUGUAAUAAGUACUGGGAUGCGUCUACUUUCAGCUCAUAACUGAAACCCUGUCAUAGACUACAGGCUCUAGUAAGAAAUCUAGUUUUUGAGAAGAUUAGUGAAGAGUUAGAAGAACCUGCCUGUGACAUACACAUGUAAUUCCAGUACUGGGGAGUUAGGGUGAAGAUGAAUCUGAGGCCACCCUGGACCCACCAAGAGAACCCGACUCCAAAAAGUGUCACAAAAGUUAAAAUUAUAAGAGCUAUAACCUACAAAUCAAUGGGAGCUUUUAGGGAUUUGUUCAUUAGCUUCUCUCCAUUGUGAAUGUGUAUUUGCCCCACUUUGAGACUGACUUACUGACAUUUGUGCUCAGUUAAGUGUGCCAUAGUUAGUAAAAGUACCUGGCUUGUCUUAGUGAGUGACCAGUGUAUAUUGGAAAAUAAUUCCUAUUCAUAAAAUCAGAAUGUGCAUUGGAGAUAAUGAUGGGAAACUAUCUGGAGGCCAAACGUAUGGACUUUUGGAAUUAAACCCCUCUCAAGCUCUUCCUGGACUAAUUUCACUAACGUGGCUUGUGUUUUGUUUUGAACCCUUAAUAGUGACUGUGGAGCCACAUUAUUUCUGUGGUCAAUCCAGGCAAGUAGAUUUCAUCAUUUCUCCAGCCCUGUGUGUAAGAGAAAGGACAGCAGGCAUGCUUGGUGGCUUGAGAACUCACUACAGGCUAUGGGUUUUUUGAGCCAACAUGCUUCUGUCCUGCCAGAGAGGAAUGGGAAAUAAUGCUGUGUCUCGAGGCCCGCUGGGCUUAACUCUUGAGGUGAUUUUCCCAGGUACGCCGUGUUGACACAGGGCAGGUCCAUGCCCUUGAAAAGUAAUUGCCACCUGAUUGUACAGUUGCUACCAAAUAGCUGAAACUACAAUGGGAAGAUUGGAGAACAGCAGGAAAUAUUAAUGCCUUCCUGGGUUUCUGGUUUUUGUUUUUUAAAUCAGGCUGAUUAAAUUUCUUCCUGACAAGUAACCAAUUACUUAACUUUUUUUUUCUUAAAUAAUUCUAAUAGUAAAAGUUUUUAUAAUUCUUGGUCCUACUAAGUGUUUUGCCAUCUUUCUCAUCAUGUUUUGAGUUUCCACUGACCCUUCUGAUUUGGUUUGGCUUCUGCUCUGAUGGCUUGUCUUUAACAUGUAGAAUCAGGUAGUUCUUGGGAGGAAAAUGCUCAAGAGUGGCUGCCGCUGUGUGUAAAGAUGUUUGUACUAUUCUAUUCUUGUUACUGCUGUAACCUGUUACACUGAGAGUAAUAUAGUUUCUUAAAGCCUCUGCUCUCUCCUUUGUCCUCAAUAGCCAUGUUAAUUCCCUUGUGUCCCUUUUACUUGCUUGGACACACUGAGAUGUUUUUUACCUAUGUUGUUUCCAAAUCCACACCAGCUGAUAACAUACACUCGGCUGUAUUUUGUCUCUCAUGUUUGUAUUAAAUACUGACAUGGACUCUGAAAAUAUUAUUUUCCACUUUUUUCUUCUUUGACUAACCCAAACAGAAGAAUGAAGAAGUAGUGUUUGUUUUUAUGUGUGUGUUUGCCUGUGUGAGUUUAGGUGCACCAUGUGCCCUUAGAUUCCUGUGGAGCUCCGAGGGUAUCAGAUGCCACCUUGGAACUGGAGUUACAGGUGGUUGUGAGCCACCUAAUGUGGGUGCUGGGAACCUGAGUCCAUGCUUCUACAAGAGCAGCCAUCAUUCAACCGUGGAGCCAUCUCCAGCCCCAAAGAAAUGUUUUUCUGAUUCCCUCCCUCCCUCCCUCCAUCCUUCCCUCCCUUCUUUCUUUGCUUUUUUUCCCUUUAGAGACCUGCUUGUCCCUCAAUGGGGAUAGAUUUCCUCAGCUGGGUUAGCAUGAAAGACCGUGGGAGUCACUAACAUGAUACUUAGACUCUGUCAUUGAGUUACCGUUUAUUAGUUUCUUGAGAGGUGAAGCAUAACUAUUCCAUCUUCCUGAAUGUUACCUUACAAAAUAUUAACGUGCAGACUAAGGUGGAGGGAAGGUGGGCAGUAAGAUUCUAGGGAAGGAGGGAUCGUGAGUGACCAGAAGAAGCAGCACCAGAGGGUGUUUUGGAGGCUGGGAGGGCCAGUGCCUAGAUGGUACAUUUGGGGAGGACCUUGCCAUGUCAGCAUGGUGUGGAGAGAAUGGUGGGAAGGAAAAGUAAGAACACGCCCUCUUCCGUCUCUGUGCCUGUAAAGCUGCUAAUAACAUCCGGUGGGCCCACCCUUAUGACCUCACCUGACCCCAGUUUCUACCUCUCAGUACCAUCAACACAGGAAUUUGAGGUGUUUCUAAGACCUGAGCUGUAGGCUAUGCAUUGAACCGUACCGCUGUGUGAAACUUCUCUCUUGCUGUGAUAAUACCGUGGCCAAAGUCAGCUUGGGAGUAGAGGGCGUGUUUUAUCCAACACCUGAGAAGUUAGGGCAGCAAGUCUGGGGAAAGCUGCUUAGUGGUGGCACCGCCCACAGUGGGCAAUGCCUUCCUAUGUCAACUGCCAAUCAAGGAAAAGACUCGGGUAGGUCCACAGGCCUUUCUGAAGCAUUUUUCCCAUUGAGACUCCUUCAAGUACCUGUGGGCUGUGUCAAGGUGAAGCCAACAAGGAGACACUGUGCCUCCCUCUCUCCUCGUCUCAUAAGUCUUUCUAAAAUGUUCCGCUGCACUUCUAUCACAGAAGCCUGCAUUUCUCACUAGAUAAAAGUCCUGGCGUUUAGACCUUCCAGUAUGGGCUCCUUAUAUUUUACAUCUUCCCCAGGUUAAUAACUAUCCCUGCUUUAUGUGUGUCAGUCUCCUACUUUUGUCCCCAGAAAGUAGUCAGUCCAUCGAGCUUGGUCUCUUCUAAUUUUUAAGAACUGACUUUGAUCCCAGCCUACCCUGACUCUAACUAUGUCUUCUGAUGUUUCUGUGCCCACUGGACCCUUGAUUGGUGCCACGGAGGUUCAUAUUCACAUAUUCAUAGGCUCUUACAUAUCCUGUCCUCAGACUCUAACAUACAGUGUAUAGUUGAGAACAGGCAUGGUGAAAUAUACCCUUAUGGUCGGUACCUCUUCCUGAACAAAAGAAGGCGGGUAACUUAAAUCCUGAUUACUCUGAGGAAAGAGUGGCUUUCCAUUUUCUUGUUCCUAUGAACUCUGACUCUCAGAGUCAGAAAUAUUUAAUCCCUAUCAAUACUUGGCUUUCCCUCUAGAUGCCAGAAAAAGCAAACAAAUGCUGAAUUCAUUCUAGUCUGUCUCUGCAUUGCUAAUUUUAAACAUUCUCCAAGUAUCUUUGACCUUGAAAAGGUCAUUCAUUGCUUCCCUUCUGUUUUGGAGCAAUAAUUCAACUUUUUUGGUUUGCACAAAUCUUUUUUUAAAAGAGUUUUAGAAGGAAACUUAUUCCAUUGCAUACCUUCGUUUUUGUUUGGUUUUUGAGGCAGGCUCUCACUGCACAGUCCUGGCUGUCCUGGAACUUGCUGUGUAUAUAUUAGUCUGGCCUUGAACUCUCUGGAGACCCACCUGCCUCUGCCUCUUGAGUGCUGAGAUUAAAAGUGUUAGCCACCACACCUGGCUCCAUUGCACAGUUAAAGCACAUUAAAUUUCCCAGGUUUGAUCUUGUCGGUAGAUAGCAUAUUCACCUUAGCAUGAGUACUCAUCUAUUAAGAAUAGGUUUCAUUUAUGUCUGAUGGGCUCUAAGUGCUAUAGAAAUUAAUUCUGUUAUCCACAGAAAUGCAUAGAGAGGGGCUGGAGAAAUGACUAGUGGUUAAGAGUACAUACUGCCCUUGCAGAGAGCCUGAGCUCACUUGUCAGCAACCAGCUCUGCGGAAUCUGACGCCCUCUUCUGGCCUUCAUGGGCAACUGUAGUCACAUGCAUGAGUACACACAUUUUCAAAAGAAAAAACAAACAGCCCUAACGUAAAGAUGAAUAAAGAUUUUUAAAGUAUAUCUUUCUUAAAUUACAUAGUUAUCUCAACUACUCCAUCAAGAUUUUCUAAUACAAUAAAACCACUGAAAAUGCCAAUGUUGGACCUAAAAAUUCGAUGCAAAUGUAGAGUUGUAUUAGUGCAAAUGAAGGAAGAUUGCUUUGCCUUGUGCUGUCCUACAGGAUAAAAGCAGUGAAACAUAAAACUUGACCGUCGCCUGCUUAGGAAGCCCCAGGGCAGUCACUGUGCUCCCACUUUUACUGUGGUGCUCAGCUCCUGUGUGGGGAAAGGUGGCUGGGCAGGAGAGCAAGAGCCAUUCCCACUGGACCAACAGAUCUCGUCCUUGUAUUUCAUUGCUUGCAUUUCUGUGUUACAAAGCCGUAGAAGUAUUUUAAAUAUUUGAUACUAAAUGUAAACUGUGGGGUGCUCCUUUGGGGGGGGGUCAGGGCGUUAGACCCAGGGUCUCAUGUGUGACACCAGUCAAUGUAAAGAGCACCUAGUAGUCUGUUUAAUUUUUAAAGCUUGUAUCCAUAUCAGUGUGAGUGCAUCCCGUACAUAAAGAGGAGAAGGAAUGGGAAUAACUUCUAGGACAGUUUUAUUCAGUUUCUUAAAUCCCAUGCCAAAGACUACAUUGUGUUCUGCCUUCAAAACUGAGUUUUAAAGUCACCAGUUAAUGAUUAGCUUCUUGGUCUUUUAUUAUUGUAAACGCUUGUUGUAGGUUAUAUGACUGUUAGAAGUAUAUGUAAAUUAGAAUGAUCCAUUCUCAGGUUUGGGAAUGUAAGCUCAAAGGGUCGUACCAAGACUUAGUGCCUAUUAGUUGGUCCUUAGGGAAACUCUAAUCCAGUGUGUUCAAGAAUUGGGAUAGUCCAACCUGUUACUUUCAAAACACAUUUGUACAGAUACAGUAUUUUUAUAUAAUUAGCGCUUUAGAUUAUUUUUAUUAGAAUACAUACUCCUGACUUGAUAUAUGUCAAAUAUCUAUUAUAGAAUAAAAUGAAAUAUAGUAAGUCAACCAAAUCAAACUAAUUUUGUCAGAAAAUGGUUUGCGAAUAAAAUAUGCUAAUGGAUUCUGAAGAAUAUGAAAUCCAUCAAGAAACAAUGUAGUCUGAUGAAAAGGUUAUACAAAGGAGUCGAAGACAUGGCCCAGUGGUUAGGAGCACUUGCUGCUUUUCCAGGGGGCCUGGUUUUGAGCCUCAGGAUCCACAUGGUGGUUCAUAACUACCCAUAACUCCAGUUCCAGUGGGACCCAGUGUGCUCUUCUGACCUCCUAAGGUACUAGGGACUCAUGGACACAUACAUACAUGCAAACAAAACACCUCAAAUAAAUCUUAAAAAUGACAUUAUAGAAAGCAGUGAGGAUUUAAACUCUGGUAGAUUUACCAGACAAGAUUCAGCAUUUCCUCUAAGUUGUAACAAGUCAGUGCUUUAUAUGAAAUGGUCAUCUCCUAAGCAGAUUAGGUGGGUACAAGGUGAGAUGUUUUGAACUGAGAUGUUUGGUAGCGGUAGGAAGUAAAUGCAAAGUGCUUUACUAAAGCAUCAGGUGCUGUCUGCUGCUAAAAAACCAACUGGUCUGGCAGCCGGCGUCUAACUUGUUCUUCUGCUGGUGGAUCGAAGUAAUAAUUUUACAAGACUUAAGUAAACUGUUAUUUGUUGUGAGGAUAAUUAUCUUACAGUAUAAUUCAGAGACAUUUUGUGUACAGAUUUUAUUCAGUUCAUCAUGAAAAUUUUGAUAGUCUAUAAAAAUAUUCCAUGCUACAAUAAAAAUAAUAAACUACCAGAAUAUA